GUCAAACCUAGGUAGGUCACGGUAGGUACCUGAGAUAAACGCAACGAUGAACCUCGGUAUCUCCCGGCACAACAACAACGACAUCACCACAUAAGGGACAUUUGUAAAAUGACUUCGGGGCAAUAUCCAACAAACAUCCCCCAUCGCCGUCUUUCUCUGCCCUUUCAAGCCGCAACAUCCGCGGAGGACGUACAUACAGUCCAUAUAACAAAGAACGGCAGCGAUUCCAUUGCACAACACGACUCGAGCCGAAUCGAGUGGAGUCACGCACGCAGAGACACUUACGGUAUACUUCGGCGGACGGUACGGCCGUUAGAUUUGACCCCGAGUCUGAUUGACUUACCGACAUUGUCGACAAAGCAAGACCAUCUAUUUGCCCUGGUCUCUCCUGUCCUCUUCUCCGUCUCGACAUACUUGCUUUGUUUCUAUCAUCCUAUCUCAUUUCGAACCGGGGUACACAUUAAAGUCCUUUAAGAAAGCCUCCUAUCUACCUAUUUACCUACGUACGACCCUCAAGACUCCUAUUUAUCGACCUAGAACUCCUGUCUUACCAUCUGGACCCAGACCACAAGAAUACCUAAACCAGAACUGAGUCUCUAUAUCCAUCCAUCCAUCCAAACAUCUUUCCUCCACCAGCAAAAUGCCCGACUUCGUCUCCUCAGUAUGGAACCCCACCAUCUUCACCGGCAAAGUCGUCUUCUGCACUGGCGGCAACGGCAGCAUCUGCUCCAACCAAGUCCGCGCCCUCGUCUAUUUAGGUGCGGACGCCUGCAUCGUCGGCCGCAACGUCGAAAAGACAGAAUCUGUCGCUAAAGACAUCGCGACCGUCCGGCCAAACAGUCGCGUCCUAGGCAUCGGAGCCGUGGACGUCCGAAGUAUCGAGUCGCUAAAAUCCGCCAUCGACACCUGUGUGAGCCAACUGGGCGGAAUUGAUUUCCUCAUCGCCGGCGCAGCAGGCAAUUUUCUUGCCCCGCUGGAGCAAUUGUCUCCCAAUGCAUUCAAGUCGGUCAUCGACAUUGAUGUCUUGGGGUCGUAUAAUGUGACGAAGUUGGCGCUGCCGCAUUUGAUCGAGUCGGCGAGGAAAUGGAAUGAGAUAUCAUCUCUUCCGAAAUCCACAAACGCGGACACUUCCGCUUCCAGCUCCGCCUCCGGCUCCGCUUCCGCUGGCCCCGGCGGCCGCAUCAUCUACGUCUCCGCCACAAUCCACUACACCGGCCUCCCGCUCCAAACGCACGUAGCAGUCGCCAAGGCCGGCGUGGACGCCCUAUCCAACAACGUGGCCAUCGAAUACGGUCCUCUUGGAAUCACAUCCAACGUCAUUGCACCUGGUCCCAUUGCCGGCACAGAAGGGAUGGAACGGCUAAGCAAACAGCCCUCCAAAACUGAGAAGCAUCCGAGUAAAAGAAUUCCAUUGGGAAGGUGGGGUCUAGUCAAAGAAAUCGCCGAUGCGACGGUUUAUUUGUUUUCUGAUGCUGCGAAUUAUGUCACAGCCCAGACGUUGGUGGUUGAUGGUGGUGCCUGGCGCACUUCGGGAGCAGCAGAUGGGCCGGGACGCGGGUUCGAGUAUCCUGAUUUCCUGCUUUCUGGACAACAGGUUAGUGGAGUUAAGGGGUUGAAGACGAAGAAGGAAGAGAAGGCCAAGUUGUGAAGCGGGAGAAGGAAGAGACAGCAGCACCGGGAGGUUAUUGAUUGGAUAAGGAGAGGAAGCUUGACCAUGGUGACCGUGAUUGUGAUCCCUGAUGCUAGCGAUGAGAAUGGUACCCUGGGGCCAGGCAAAUGUGUACUGUGUACAUUGUAUGGAGACUACAAAGAGGAAGAAUGCAAGUUGUCUGUCUACUACUUGGUAUCUACCUUACCUUAUCGAUGUAUUCCUGAUGGUAUUACUGUAUGAUCUAUACCAUCUUACAAUCGACAUCAAUCGCCUCUAUUAAAAUGUCGAUUCCGAUUCCGA